GACAUAGUUGAGGGACUAAUUUAGAAAUUUUGGUGACAAAUGAGAGGGAUUCACUCUUCAUUGCGUUCCUCUUCACGAAGCAAAUACAGCCCUGGCCAUGGUGAAGAUAGCUUCAGCUUCAGCUUCUGCUGAAACCUCUCCAAAAACUGCUCAUAGGAAAACGGCGUUGAGACCAAAAUCGUCGGUGGCCGUGAAACAAAACAGUGCAGCGAAGAGGCCGAAGACGACGGCGGCGGCGGCUAAGAAGAAAGCAUCCAAAUUAGAUGCUAAUAAACCCAAAAAACCUCCCACUGCGUUCUUCUAUUUCUUGGAGGAUUUUCGUAAAGAAUUCCAAGAGCAGAAUCCAGAUGUCAAAUCAAUGCGUGAGGUUGGCAAAGCAUGUGGAGAGAAAUGGAAGAUCAUGACUUAUGAGGAGAAAGUUCAGUAUUAUGAUGUAGCAACUGAGAAAAGAGCAGAGUUUGAGAAAGCUAUGGCUUGCUAUCACCAAAAAAAGGAAAGUGGAGAAUAUGAUGAGUUUGAUGAAGACUCGGAUUUUGAUGAAUGAAUAAGUUUGCAUUUGAUGUAUGACAUAGGAACAAUGGUAGUAGUGAUGGAUAUUUUGUAUAGUGAAUAUCAAAAUUCAAAACAUGUUUUUUUGAAACUGAUUUUAUGUAAAUCAUUUCAAUUCAUCUUUUUGGAAAAGUUACAAAUAUCGUCCUUGUGGUUUAUUGGUUUUUAUGUGUAUGGUCCUUAUGUUACAUUGGUUGUCGUUUUUGUCCCCAAAAUGAUUCUUAUGUAAAUGGUUUAUUGUAUUUUUUUUAUAUUGUUUUACAUUCGUAUUAGUGGUAAUGUUUUUAUGCAACUUUAUUUAAAUUACUAAG